UUCCUUGUCCUCUUAUUCUUCGUACUCCCCUUCCCCACCACAACGCUAAGAAUCUCUCUCUCUCUCUCUCUCUCUCUCUCCAUCCACUAUAUCCCAUCGUGCUUUCUCUUACGAAACUCCAACCGCUAGGCGCUAUCCCCUGUUCUUCUUCCUGAAAAAUUCAGGCAUUAAUUGCUUCACACCCACCAAGAAAACUUGGAAAUUUUAUUGAAACCCAACGUCUGCCAUGAAGGUCCCCCCGAUCCCAAGCAAACGAAACAUGGCCUCCCAAUACGAAGACGCUUCGAAAAAGCUCAGGAGACUCCCCCACGUGUUUGCCAGAGUCCUCGAGCUCCCGAUCCACUCGAGCGCCGACGUUUCGGUGGAGGAAACCUCUGACUCUUUCCGCUUCACCGCUGCCACCCCAGCCAACACAGAUCACACAAAUAUAGCCGGCGAUGUAAGGGUGCACACGAUCAAAAUCUUCCCGGGCGUGACGAAGAUCGUGAUCAGAGGAGUGGGUAGCCCGUUAUUGGAUGAACUAAAGUUCGAUCUUUGGCGAUUCCGGCUCCCGGCUUCGACGAGGCUAGACAUGGCGAGCGCUAGGUGUAGCAGCGGUGGAAAACUGGUCGUGACAGUGCCAAAAGGCUUGGAUGAAAAGUAAUAAUUAAUAAGAAGAGGGUUUGGGAGGCUGCUUCUUGUACAGUAACCUUUUUCUUCUCAAGAUGUGUCGUUGAAU